CGUCUCCGUUGUGUUGUCAGCAGUAAGUACAGUACCAGCUGGUGGUGCAUGUGGUCCCCAGUAAAUCUGCUCUGCGCUCGGAGCAGCAACACAGAUCAGUCCGACUGGAGCAGGACGCGCGCUCUCCACUCAGAGCGACUCUUUUGCCUGACUACUUUUUCUCUGUUAUUUGUACGAAUGGAUGUUUUUCUUGUCUUUUUUGUUUGACAUAUGGCCGAGCGCAGGAUCAGGCAAUGAAUAACACAACCGGCUUGGUACCGGUAGCAGCUGGCAGUCGGGAGGAGUUACCGGCGCACCGAGCUUUAACGGGCUGCAUCCUGGCGCUGCUUAUCAUUUGGACGCUUUUCGGCAACUUCACGGUGUGCGCAGCCGUUUGUCGCUUCCGGCACCUGCGCGCCAAAGUAACCAACAUCUUCAUCGUGUCCCUGGCUCUGUCAGACCUCCUGGUCGCCGUGCUGGUGAUGCCGUGGAAAGCUGUGGCUGAGGUGGCUGGUUUCUGGCCGUUUGGAGGGUUCUGUAAGACCUGGCUGGCCUGCGACAUCAUGUGCUCCACGGCCUCCAUCCUCAACCUGUGCGUCAUUAGUGUGGACCGAUACUGGGCCAUCUCCAGCCCUUUUCUCUACGAGAGGAGUAUGAACAGGAAGGUAGCGUCUGUUAUGAUCGGCGUGACUUGGACAGUGUCGGUGGUCAUUUCCUUUGUACCCGUGCAGCUGAACUGGCACCGGGCGGAGAUGGAUGAUCCGGCUGGGGAGGAUUUGGCGCUUCACGAUAAGAGUGUUGAUGGGAGCUGUGACUCCAGCCUGAGCCGCACUUAUGCCAUCUCCUCGUCCCUCAUCAGCUUCUACAUCCCCGUGGCUAUCAUGAUAGUCACAUAUACCCGUAUCUACCGGAUAGCCCAGAUGCAGAUCCGGAUGAUAUCCUCCCUGGAGCGGGCGGCGGUGCACGCGCAGAGUUGCCGCUUGGACGCACCUGAACUAUAUCCUCACCUGUGCACGGAAAUCGGUGCCAGCUCAUAUCAGUCUCAAAUCGAUCUUCAUCCUGAUUCUCAGCGCUCUAAUCGGGAGCUCACAGUCUCCAUCAGAAAAGAGACCAAAGUCCUCAAAACUCUGAGCAUCAUCAUGGGUGUUUUUGUCUGCUGCUGGUUGCCGUUCUUUGUCCUGAACUGCGCUCUGCCCUUCUGUCCCGGACCAGGGGCACCGGGGGCCCAGCGGGGUCCUCACUGCGUCAGCGAGAAAACCUUCGAUGUGUUCGUGUGGAUCGGCUGGAGCAACUCAUCCCUUAACCCGGUCAUCUAUGCGUUUAACGCGGACUUCAGAGACGCAUUCCUGCGCCUGUUGCGCUGCCGCGGAGGAGGCUGCUGCGCCGCGGUGAGCGCAGUAGUGGAGACGGUGAUGGCGAGCAACGAGGCCGGACACCUGCAGCAGGAGAGCCCGCUCAACGUGAGGCUGGCCGUCUCCUGUGCCAUGACCACCAGGGGAAGCGAGGACAGUGGGAACACAACGGUGACUUUGUUUUGUCACGGUGGGACAAGCUCGGAGCUGGUGACGGACACUGAGGAAAGUAACGACAAAGACAGACUGACGCAGAUACCUAUAUAAGUGACACUAUUCAUGAUAUGCCAUGUGCGGGGACAGAGAGCAGGUAAACUAUGCAGAGGAGGUGGAUAAUGAUGUAGAAGGCCUACAGGGACAGGAAACAGCAAAUGCAAAGUGAAUUUACUCUCAAGGUCUUCAAAAAUCUACAUGAACAUAAACAGCUACAUGUGCAGACAAAAAUACUCCACCUUAGAAGAUCAUAUUAACACCCAUUAUCCAUUACCAUGCAUGCAGUGGCGCCCCCAAGUUGGAGUCAGGUGAUAGGAUUGCUAGCAAUGUCUUGAAAAACGAGGCAACCUGAGGCAUCCAUUGGUACCAACCAUGUCGGCAAAGCUGGUCGGGAAAGGGGCUAAAUAAUGCACCAAAUUUAGGCUGAGGUUUGUUCAGCUGGGAGCAACUGGCAUGGCAGUUUUCACAGGGGGGCCCUUGAACUCUCACCUCAACAUAUCUGAAUGAAAAUGUGUUUAUGGGUACCCAUGAGUCUCCCCUACAUUAGUGUAGGCUUUUUCCCAGGAAAUAUUUUGUUCAUUUGUUUGUUCCUACACAAAAAAUCCAACACUUUCUUAUUCAGACCUCGUCACAUAUUGAUGUUUUGUAUCGGAUUUUCCAUAUUGAGAUACAAUGUGCAAGGUACCCUGGGUGCGUUGGUUGGUGACAUUCUUGGACGCUGUAUCAACUUCAGCCUGAUACAUGCAUUGUCUGUUUUCUAAAUACACUUCCGUUUUCACAGGAAAUGUACAGUUUGCAUACAGUCCCUUUCAAAAUAAACUCCUCACUAUGUCGGUACAAAUUGACUUUUUUUUUUCCUUCAACAACAAACGCACGUGGUUACAUUUUGCAACACAUACACAUUGAGUUCAAGCAACAAAAGCAUGUUGCACCGGCCUGGGUAAAAGUCCGUGGUUGUUGGACUCAUCCACCAGUCCUCCCACCGACCCCACUUGGACUUCCGCUGCCUUUACUUUCGCUGUUGUCCCGCCACGUUUUCCCCUGACACUGCCGAGUGCCAUUAAACUAUAAUGACGACUGGCCGCAUAUCAUGCCAUUGUUCAUGUGUCUGAUGCCUGUAGUCAUUGCCCAAGUGCCGGAUUUCGACGACUUCGGAGUGAGACCGGGUUGAUAAAUCACCGAACACAUGUAAAGUUACAUAACACAUUAAAACAGGGUUGUUGUACAAUUCAAAAUGCACUGUACAGAUAUUAGACUAUGCACAUCAGGUUAUCAGCAACAUUAACUACAAAAUAAGAAACCAAAGUAUA